AAGAAAAAUGAGCAUUGUGCCAAGACGCAGGUGAUAAAGGGUAUUCCUUUCCUUGCAGUUGCUUUCCUGUAAUUCAGCCACACUAAGAUACACAAUGGCGACUGCAGCUCCCACUCAUGUGCUUCUGGUGUCCUUCCCAGCCCAAGGGAACAUUAACCCCUUGCUCAGACUAGGCAAGAGACUCGCUGCCAAGGGUAUGCUUGUCACUUUCUCUACAACCGAAACCAUUGGAAAAGAUAUGCGAAAAGCCAAUGACAUCACUGACCAAGCGACUCCGGUGGGAGAUGGUUUUAUAAGGUUUGAUUUUUUUGAUGAUGGUUGGGAAGAGGACGAUCCUAGACGAAAAGACCUAGAUGAGUACUUGCCUCAGCUUGAGCUUGCUGGAAAGGAUGCACUUCAUCAAAUAAUCAAGAAACAUGCCCAUGAGGAUCGUCCAGUUUCAUGUCUUAUAAACAACCCCUUUGACCCAUGGGUUUGUGAUGUUGCCACCGAACUUGGCAUCCCUAAUGCCAUCCUCUGGGUUCAGUCAUGUGCAGUCUUUUCGGCUUAUUAUCACUAUUACCAUAACCUAGCGUCUUUCCCAUCUGAAACCGAGCCCAAGAUUGAUGUUCAACUGCCCUGCAUGCCUCUUUUAAAAUAUGAUGAAGUCCCUGACUUCUUGCACCCUUCUAGUCCAUUUCAGGUUUUAGGGAGGCUCAUCCUAGGCCAGUUCAAGAACUUAUCGAAACCAUUCUUCAUAUUGAUGGACACGUUCCAACAGCUCGAGCCCGAGAUCAUCAAUUACAUGUCAAAGCUCUGCAUGAUCAAACCUGUCGGCCCCUUAUUCAUAAACCCAAAAGCACCAACCACAAGUAUCCGCGGCGACUUCUUGAAAGCUGAUGAUUGCAUUGAGUGGCUCAACUCAAAGCCCCCAGCAUCGGUAGUAUACAUCUCCUUUGGCAGUUCUGCCAACAUAGGACAAGCACAAGCGGAUGAGCUUGCUUACGGGCUCUUCAAUUCUGGGACCUCCUUUUUGUGGGUAAUGAAACCACCUCAAAAAGAUGCCCCUUUCAAGUUGCAUGUUCUACCCGAUGGUUUCAUGGAAAAAGUUGGGAAUAGAGGCAAGGUGAUACAAUGGAGUCCACAAGAACAGGUAUUGGCUCACCCUUCAGUUGCAUGUUUCAUAACCCACUGUGGCUGGAACUCCUCUAUGGAAGCCCUCACCUUAGGAGUGCCGGUAGUGGCAUUUCCACAUUGGGGUGAUCAGGUUACUAAUGCAAAGUUCUUGGUGGAUGUGUUUGGAGUGGGGUUGAGAUUAUCCCGCGGCCUGGCUGAAAACAGAUUGAUCUUGAGAGAUGAGGUUGAGAAGUGCAUGCUGGACGCAAUGGUGGGCCCUAAGGCAGUGGAGAUGAAGCAUAAUGCAUUGAAAUGGAAGAGGGCAGCAAAGGAGGCGGUGGCAGAAGGUGGCUCAUCCGACCAGAAUGUUAAAGCAUUAGUGGAUGAGAUUAGGAAGAGAUGUGCUGCUGUGACUUCCACGUCUACCACUCAAUAACAGGAGACCAAUAUCAAUCCAACAUGG